AUGUCGGAUUUCGAUGUGGCUUUCAAAUUCUUGUUGGAAAACCCAACCAUGGAGGUUUUCAUUGGAUUCGCAACACAAGUGGAAAUGAUGGCGUCGAGAAUUCCAUCCGACGAGAUGAAAUCGAACAUUUUGAAAGUGUUCACUUCAAUUUUGAGUGACAGAAAAUUCCAUGAAAUUCGUGUGAAUGAAGAGGUCUUGCGCAUCUACAAUCUUCUCGCUGGUUGCAGUCAACGACUUGGAGCAACUGGAGUUUAUGAGCAAAUCGAGAAGAAAGGAUAUUUCGAGAAGUCGCUCAAAUUCCAUCUACAAUGGGCUGAACAAUAUGGAAAGGCGAACAAUCUGGAGAAGUUCAAACAUGUUCUUGAUCUUGCUCGGGACAGAUUGAAGUCCACAAUGGCGAACAACAAAAUCGAAGCUGGGUUCCGCGAUCUUGCCGAUUCAUAUUUCAAAGACGAUGUCGAUUAUCUAUUCCUCGACCCUGAUAACACAAUGGCAAUCUUCGAUUCUCGUUACAUUGGAAAACCCAAAAAUCGACGAAGAUCAUCGAUAAAUAUGUUGAGAAGAGGUUGCCCAGUUGUUGAUCCGACCAAGAAGAACUUUUUCGGACCAAAAAGUAGGUGUUUUGUGUUUGUGCUGGAAACUAAAUUAUUGUUUUUUUCAGCAAAAAGCUUACUGAGAAGUGAAUUUUUGGAUGGCGAAAAUGGAUUUGGAACAUCGCCUGAAGAGUUUCGAUUUGCACUCCUCAAUGAUGUGGCGGGUGAUGAGAUGGAUAUUGAGAUGGACGAAGAAACUCAUAUUGUUCCAAACAAUAAAACUGCUGAUUUUUCGAUUGUCAAAAAUGAAAAUCGUCGUCGUCAACUCUCGAUUGUCGAUGAAGAACGAAACACAUCAGAUGAGGCGGAUUCGGAGAAAAAAUCUCGAAUUUAUUCACCAAUUGUUGCAACCAAAGAUGCGAUUCGAGUGCCACUUCGAAAUGCUUCAUUUCUCAACGAAAAACCACCCACCACAAUCACUCUUUCUUCCGACACCAAACUCAGCGCAUUUGAUAAUGAAUCGUUUGGCGAAAUUGAGAAGGAUAAUAAUGAAAAAUUGAGAGAAAUGGAAAGUGGACGAAAAGAAAGAACAAGUUCAGAGUCUGAAAAAUCGACACGUUCUCAAAAAUCCAACGUUGGUCUUGAUAUUUUGGCCGAAAAUAAUUGUUUGGAGGCACAUGCCGCAUUUUCGGACACUGUUCACAUUGGAAAAGAAAGAACUAUGAUGCAUGAAGAACAUACAAUGAUGGAAGAUUUGAAGAGUUUGGCAUCCACUCAAAAUGUUACAACUGAUUUUUCAGUUUAUUGUGAUCCUGAUCCAACCUUUGUUGUUCAUUCAAAUGCUGUGAAUUCGGAAGAUGUUCCACGUGGUUUGAAUAUGCGAUAUGAUGAGCAAUCACCGGAACAUCAAGAAGUUUUGAAGCCAAAACCAGUUGUUGAAGUUGGAGCCAUGGAUGAUGCUUCAUACAAUACUCCACCGAGCACAAAAACAACUGAAAAGUGUAAGUUAAAUAAUCCAAAAGAUUUUGAACAAUGAUAAUUAUUUUUUUUUAGAUUGGGAUGAUUCAUUGAUUGUUGGUUUUACACCUGGAAAUGUUAUCACAUCAACACCAGCAGCUCAUAUUCCAUUUGUGAAUGUGGAGGAUUAUUUUGGAAACACUCAAAAUAUUGAAAAACCACAAGAAGAACGACCGCAAUUUGUUAUUCCUGAUGCAACAGGAAUCCUUCAAAAUCGAUUGAAUCGUCGAAAAUCGACGGCACCAGCAAAACAAGUUGAAGUCGAAACGAAACCAACGCCAUUUGAUGAAUCGCUUUCCGAACAACUUGGAAGACGCUUGUCACUUGGACCUGAAGAAAUGGCGAACAAAUUGGUUGAAGCUGCACCGGUCGAAGUUGAAGAAACUGGGCGAAAAGAUCGACGAAGAAGUGAGGUGAUUCGACAAGAAAACAAUCCAUGGGAUGAGAAUUUGCGGGCUCGAAUCAUGCGAGUUGUGCCAACUCCAACAAAUAUGCACGAAUUCGAGACGAUUAGCCCGAAAAUCCUUGCCAUGAAAUCGUUUGAAGCUGGCGGUGAGACUUAUGAUAUUCGAACUCUUCUCGGACAAGGUGGAUAUGCAAAGGUGUAUAAGGCAAUUACAGAGGAAAAGAAAAUGGUGGCGGUCAAGGUAAUUAAUCAAAUUAUUAAUAAGAUAGUUAAUUGGUGAAUUAUUUCAGUACGAGAUUCCAUCGUGUGCUUGGGAAGUUUACAUUUGCGAUCAAAUGAGAACUCGAUUGUUGGCAAGAAAUGAUUUGACCACGCAGAUUAUUGCCAAUCAAUGUAUUAUGCAAGUCACUGACGCCUACAUUUUCUCAAAUGCUUCACUUCUCGUCAACGAAUAUCAUGAAUUUGGAAGUCUUCUCGACAACAUCAACAAUUCGAAAGAUCCAAAUUGGCAUAUCUCUUGCUUUUUGCUUGUUCAACUCGCCAAAAUUCUCGAACAAGUUCACGAAUGCGGAAUUGUUCAUGGUGAUAUCAAACCGGACAAUUUUAUGAUUACACGGAAAAUUGAUAUGGGUUGGGAAGCGGAUAAAUUGAUGGGAACCGAUGUGUUUGUUGUGAAAUUGAUUGAUUGGGGAAGAGCGAUUGAUAUGUCGAGAUUGAAGGAGAGAGAAUUCAAGGGACGAGCUGGAACUGAAGGAUUUGAUUGUCCGGAAAUGAUUGUAUGUUUUUUUGAUUAUUGAUUUAUUUUUAAGAUAAUGAUUUUUAAGGAUGGUCGCGGCUGGACUUAUCAACCAGAUUUCUUUGGUUAUGCUGCAACAAUGACUGUUCUUAUUUCUGGAACUUAUAGCAAAGUCGUUGGCUCGGAACUUGGAGACUAUUCGUUAGAUGUCGACAUCAAGAGACGAAACAAAUUGCGUGAUCCAGCUAUGGAAAUCGUCAAAGACUAUUUGAACAUCCCAUCUUGCUCACAACUUCCGAAAUGGUCAACUGCAAUCGACUCGUUCACCAAUGUUUGGCGAGAGAAUUUCGAUAUUUCGGCAUGGAGACAAGCUGCCGCGAAAUUCAAUGAAGCUUGCGAGAAAUCCAAAAAAUGA